AGAGCAGCGCGGGCACAGCCAGGGCAGGCGUCCGGAGCCGCGAGCGAGCGCCCGAGCAGCACAGCGCGGACCAGAGCCCCGGGGCGGCCAGGGCGAGCUCUGCCCAGCGUGGCGUGGCGUGCGGGCGCCUCCGACCGGCGCGGCGUGGCGACGACGGGUGUCAGCACCUCGUGCGUGUCUCUGUGUGUGCCUGUGUGGCGGUGCGAGUACGCGGGGGGGAUGACGCUGUCGGGGAGUGAGUGUGUGUGCGAGCGCCACCGGAUCAGCUGAGGGCGUCUCGUCCCCUCCCCCACGCCGUCCGUCCGUCCGUCCUCCUCCCUCUGGAUAUACUACUCAAACGGACCGCACCACCUCCCGUCGCCUGGCCGCGCGCAGCGAGCGCGCCGCUGCUGGAGUCUCUGCUGGACAGCAGCAGGCGGCGCCAUGAGCCGCGAGGGGAGCGGCGCCAGCGGCGGCGGGGAGGCGGACCACCGCGGGGCGCCACGGCGCCACUGAAGGCCGUGCCGGCGGCAUGGCGGCGGGCGCGGGGGCGGCGGGCCCGGGGGUGGCCCUGGGGGCGGCGCUCGUGGCCGCGGCCCUCCUGAUGGGGCUCGGCCCGCCGCCCCCGGCCGCCGCGCUCCCGGCGUGCCGCAUAUCCGAGUUCCCCUGCAGGACCAACAAGUGCAUCCGCCUGGACCACUACUGCGACGGCAAGGACGACUGCGGCGACACCAGUGACGAGCCGCCCCACUGCACCGUUUGCAACCGCACCUACUACGGCGACGUAGGCAAGACGUACGAACUGUCGAUCGGAAAGCCCGCACUGGACCGCAUCCCCUACAACUGCCACCUCACCUUCACUGCCAGCGGACACACCCACGGCGAGCUCAUCCAGCUCAUCUUCGACGAGUUCCACGUGGGCCGCUACCUGAAGCACGCCGCGGACGAGGGCUGCCCCGACGGCCACAUGACGCUGGCCGAGCUGGGCCGCCCCUUCACCGGCGGCGUCUGGUGCGGCCCGUCCUCGGGCUACACGGUCUACUUCUCCGAGGUGUCGACCGUGACGCUGUCGCUGCGCCUCUUCCCCACGCCGGCGCACGCCACCACCCCGUUCCGCUUCCACCUCCGGUACCGCUUCAUCACCCGGGACGACGCCGUCGUCCGCUUCGGCAGCCACGACAAGCUCGUCGAGCGGGGCGUGGGCGUCCCCGGCACGUACUGCAGCCGCCAGUUCGACGAGUGCUACCGGAAGAAGUGCAAGCUACAGAGCCCCAACUACCCGGGGAUGUACCCGCGGAACGUGACGUGUCUGCUGAACCUGCGGCAGAAGGAGGUGCCGCACUGCAAGCACGCCAUGAUCAGCGUGCACCAGAACGCCGAGCACAAGGUGCAGAUGAAGCGCGCCGCCUCCGCGCCCGCCAGCCUCAACAAGACGUCGCGCGCGGUGCGCGUGUGGGACGACUGUUCGGGCGCGCAGGGGGAGCGCGACUACCUCGUCUUCUACGACGGCCCGUCCCAGUCGGACCCGGUGCUGCUGCGCUGGUGCGGCGGCGACCUGCUGCCGCGCGUCGCCUCGCGCGGGCCCGAGAUGCUCGUCGCCUUCCACUCGUCGGCCUUCUCGGCGCCGCUGCACACGCUCAGCCCGCUGCGCGGCUUCGAGCUCGAGGUGGACGUGCUCUUCUCCGACUCGGACUCGUUCGACUACCAGCGGGACCCCAGGAAGUGCGAGUUCUGGAUCAACGCGACGUCGUGGGCCGUGGGCGCGCCCCGGUCGGGCGGCGUCCUCAGCCCCCGACACACGCUGCCGCCCAACACGACGUGCACCUACCGCUUCCACGGCCUGCCCGGCGACACGGUGUGGGUUUACUUCAUGGCCUACUCGCACUACUCGCUGCUCGCGCCCGCCGCCGGGCUGCCCUCCGUGCUCGCCACGCCGGCCACGUCCACCACCACGUCGCGGCCGCCCGCCCUCCACAACCACCUGCUCAUCCUGCCCACAAGGGCUCCAGCGACGCCGCCACCCAGCCCCUGGAUCGGCCUCGGUGGCACCCGCACCCACCACCGGGCCGACGCGAGCCACCCGCACCUCGGCGCGGCCGCGGACCCGCCCACCACGCCGUCGUCCUCGUCGUGCUCCAUGCGGCUGCGGAUCUGGGACGGCGGGGGCACCUCCGGCCUGCCGCUGCUCGCCUCCCACUGCGACGCGGACGGCCCGCGGCUCUGCGCGCACGCGGCGCUCGGCAACGCGACCCGGGCGACGCGCUCGUGCGGCCCGCACGAGAGCUACGAGUCGUCCGGCACCGACCUCACGCUGCAGCACUUCGUGGCCGAGGGCACCGCCCUCCACCCGGCGCACUGGAGGCUGAAGUACGAGUUCGUGGACACGAACCUGGGCGGCGAGCCCUGGACGGGUCGCGGCUCCCUGCUGGCCACGGGCGCCGUGUCGGCCGCGGGCAGGCCGCUGUCACGACCCCCCAUCCCCUGCGCGCGCCUGUUCCGCCGGCUGCGCUCCGGCGAGGUGUUUUCCCCCCGCAACGUGUUCAUGUUCGGCCGGGGCGGCGCGGCCAACCUGUCGUGCAUCUACCGCAUCGAGGCCGCCUCCAACGAGCGGAUCCGCCUGACCAUCGACAAGGCGGCCUUCGGUGAGAGCGCCGACGUGUGCAGCACGGUGCCGGACCCGCACACGGCCCGGCCCACGUGCGCGUACGGCGUGGGCGCGCGCACGGCCGAGCUGCGCCUGUGGGAGGUGCCGUGGCGGGACGUGCGCCUGCCGCGCGCCUGCCUCUGCGACAACGCCACGGUCGCGGCCGCCCGCCCCUUCGUCUACACGUCGGCGUCGCGCGUCCUCGAGCUCACCUUCACCGUCUCGCAGCUCAACGUCACCGAGGACUUCGACAACCUCCACUUCCACGCCACGUUCGAGAUGGUGCGCAGCAACGAAUGCUCAAGGAAACAAAGACUGAGAGGGGCUGGCGGCGAGAUCGAGUUCGAGAGCCCCGCGUCCAGCCGCUCCGACCUCAACUGCGACGGCAUGCCGUGGAUGGUGGAGGCGCACGAGAACAAGAGCCUGUUCCUGCUCACCUGGGGCAGCUUCCUGCCCGUGGCGGGCCCCGUCGACGACUCGGCGUCCUCGCCCUCGCGCUGCCACACGCGCAGCCGCAUCCUGCUCUACUCGGGCCGCCCGCUCAGGCUGCUGCGGGUGGUGUGCCCGCUCGGACACCGGGAGCGGCACUUCUCGCUGCACGUGUUCUCGGAGGAGUGGUUCGGGCUGCCGGCGGGCCAGCAGCUCCCCGCCGCCCCUCCGGGCACGCUGUCGUACUCGGCGGUGGCCGCCAGCAUGCCCGGCGGGCCCGGCGGCCCGGGCGCCCUCAGCUCGCCCAGCUUCCUGGUGGAGUGGGUGGGCCGCGACCAGGCCUCGGCCGCCCUGCACUGGCUCGAGAUCUCGCGGCCCAAGCUCGCCCUGCAGCAGCGGCUGUGGUCGCAGACGGGCGAGAAGGGCGCCAAGCCGCCGCCCGAACUCGUCCCGAAGGGCAACAGCUCGCUCGCCCUGGGCUGGGACUGCCCUCACAAGUGCCCGGAGCUCAACGCGUGCAUCAGCGAGUCGCUGUGGUGCGACGGCCGUCCCAACUGCCCGUCCGGGUUCGACGAGGCCGACCCCAAGUGCGAGUACAUCGGGAGGCGCAUCUUCACCUGGCUGCCGGGCGGGCUCUACUUCGCCAUGGCGAGCGCGGGCGCGGGCUGCGUGGCGCUGCUGCUCGGCUGCCUGCUGCUGGUGCUGUGCCGCGCGCGCGCCCGCCGCCGCCGCCUGCUGGCCAAGCAGGACAACGGCCUGGGCUACGGCGGCGGCAGCGGCGUCGGCACCCUGAGCAGCGUCACCUCGAGCAGGGGGACCAUCGGCAGCCGCGGGUCGCUGAGCGCGGGGCUGAGCGGCGGCUCGCUGCCGGGCACCUACCGCCGCACCAAGACGCGCCGGCGGAGCGACGGCACCGGGCGCCGGCUGUCGGGUGUCGACGGCGACGCCAUCGCCAACCAGCCGCGCCGCGUCCCGACGUCGGAACUGCUGCUGGACGCCAACUCCUGACAGCACGCCAGGUCUGUGGAGUACAUCCGCAUGGAGCUAGAGAGCACCGUGUAGGGUGGCAAAACCAGGUGCAGGGCACCUGGGGAGUCCCAGUAAAGAAAACGCUCAGAAUUUCCUCAAUUGUCCCAUGACUGGAUAGGCCAUGAUAGAGUGACAGGCACGAUCUAUGAACAGCUUGGAGUUCAGAGUAGCCAUAGGGUAUGUGCUGCUGAAACACUGCCUGCACAGAAUUUUUUUUAUCGCAACUUUUUUGUCCAUACAACUUGUGUUCCACUUAUACAACUUUUUGCCAACAUUUUUUGAGUAAUGUGUGUUUUUAACCAUUGACUGCCAUUUUUAUUCCCUGUAAGUCAGUGCAAGGAAAUUAUCCUUACCUCUGCAAUUCUGUGGUUUAUAAAACCCUAUCAGAUUGAAUCAUGUGUCAAUACUUUUAUUAUUAAUAAUAAUGCUCUUCACUAUUUUUGGUGGUGUUAUGUGUUCAUAUGUUACAAAGUGAUAUAAUGUGUUCAAUCAACGUUUUUAACUGCUAGCUUAAGUGCACUUUUUGAAUUCCAGGCUGUUUCAUUUCAAACAAAGUGUGUAAGAACUGUGUCUUGAAAGAUUCAUCUCUCUGUAGCUUCCCCAUCCAAUGCUCAAGCCGAAGGGGAACUUAUCAGACCUCUUUCUAGUUAUUAGGGGAAAAGACGUCCUUAUGCAUGUUACCUUUUGUGCCUCAAUUAUAUUUAGUUCUAUUUAUACAAACUAGCCAUACCCAAUGUGUGAUACUUAAUUUUAUCAUUAGGUGAGGUGUGUAAAUGUCAUUGUCAUGGAACCUGAGUAGGCAGGGUAAAAGUGUUUUUGAAUAAUCAAGUAACAGGUGCAGUGGUGCUGCUGUAAUCAUUUACAAAAAUAAAAGGAACGAGCCUACUCAUCUUGCUCAAAAAUGAGGGGAAUUAGGCAUGUUGCACUAACAUUAUUUUAUAUAUGAUAAAAGGAAUUGUAUGUACUGGUUGAGAGUAUUAAGUUGGGGAAGUGCAGUUUUUCAAAUUGUGCCAUUUAAUCAUUAAUAACUUGGCUGUCUAAUGUCUAAAAUGAUGUCUUCUUCAGAAAAAUAAAUCCAAAGAAGAUGUGCACAUAAUAAAACUAAAAAACAUCUUCUUAGCUAUCUGAAUACAAAAACGCACAAUACGGCAUGCACAUUUGUAUACUACUUCAGGUACCAAGUAGUUUAUUAAACAGAGUGAUAAACUAAAAUUAAUUAGUAGAUAUGCACCUUGCCACACAAAAGUAUUAGACUAAAGGAAAAUAUAAAACAUUUUUUUACAAUUAAAGAAUAAAAAGAGUGCUUUGCACUUAAUCUUAUAAUUGUUGCCAAUCGUUAGUAGUUUAAAGUUAUGACUGGCUAGGGCUAUAGGAUUAGCUUUUUCUCGAUUUUUUCAGAUGACGCGAGGUUAUUUGUCUAAAUUUUAAUAUAAAGAUAAUCAAGCACACUAUAGGAACCAAGAAUUGUUUUGUAAAUUUUAUAAAGUUCUCCUCCUCUAGAUCUUUAUCACCACUAUAAGUGAGAGUACCUGUGCACACUCUUCAUUUUUGAUUAAGGGCAUCAAAAUCCAUGUAAUUGGAUACAUACAAGAGGACUGCCAACAGAAAAGGGGCAAGGGACAGUUGAGGAAAAAAGGGACUCUACUCCACAGACUGAAGGCGUUUAUGAAAUAAAAGAAAAAAUUGAAGAAAGUUCAUGAGUGCAUCAAAAUCAAGUUCUGGUUUUUGUUCAUAGACCAUGAUUUACAGAUUUGGGUGAUUAUGACUCAUGCUCAGACUGUAUGCAAAGUGAUGUGUAGUUGUUUUAUUUUAAGAAUUAAAUUAAAGACUUGUUAAACAGUGUUUAAAAGACUAUGGACACACCAUUGUAAAAUUGUAACAUUCAAAAGUGUAAUGCUAUUGUACAAAGGAAGUGACUGUUGACUCUUUCUUAAAUCUCUAAAUCCUUGUUAAAGUGCGAAGAUGUUAAAUAUAUAUGUAAAACUAUGUGAAAAAGAAAACAGAAUGAGUAUGAAAUGAGCAACAUUAAAAAACAAAAAUACACACAAGUAGCAAACUAUAAGAA